AUGGAUUUCGACGACGGGGACCUGAAGGACAUCUGGGACACCGAUCUCGAUGCGAACCUGCAAGACUCCCUUAAGAUGUCCAACUACCCGGACAUCCAGGACUGGAUGGAUCCACACUCCAAGCUGCCACCGGUCAUCCUCAACGACAAGCUGAUGACCGACGCGAUCAUCGGGACGUGCAUGCCGAUCAAGACCGAGCACUCGUACAGCCUGAACUCGGACGGCGACUCGCUGCCCGACACGAUUCCCGACUCGCCGCACAGUCUGCAGAACAAGAUGGAUGAUAUGGAGGAGGAAUGCUACCCGGCGAUCAGCAUGAAUGGCAACAGCAAACAACACCACAUCAUCCACAGGCACCAGAACGCCCACCAGAACGCGUCGUCGCUCCUGAUGGCGAGCAAGGAAGCAGGCAAACCCACGUUCGCCGGUAUGUCGCUGCUCGCCAAUGGUGCCGGAAUGCUGGUGCACGCAACCGGCAACAACCUCCCACAGCAACAGUUGCAGCAGCAACAGAUAGUCGGCAUCGGGUUGUUCGGAGGGACGACGACAGGAAGCCACAACAGUCUCGUUAGCAACAAUAACAACAAUCACCUGGCGGUGAAUCAUAACCUCAACAGCUUCAAGGACAGCCUGAAGGGGUUCAUCGGGGCGGCGGGCCUUAUGCAUGGCGCGUCCGCGUCCUCCUGCCACGACUCGUCCUCCUCCACGUCCGCGUCGGACAUCGACAUCGACGAGACGACGGUCAAGGAGGAACCGCUCUCGCCUGGCUCGAGCUGCCCCUCGUCCCCCAUUGGCGCCGGUGGUGGAGGCGAGUCGGGCGGCGGAGGAUCCCUACUGAACGGAUACAACCACUCCAGCCUGGGUGCCAACAUGGCCGCCUACUCACAUUCGGAUCUCGUGAACGAACACAAGAGUGGAGCCCUCCAGCUGUCAUCGGCGUCACAAAGUCUGCUCAAGAGUCAGCAGGUGAUGCUCGCCACCGGCAUUCCGCAGCAGUCGUCUCAGGCCGCGCAGCAGCAGAAGCUCGUCAUGUCGAAGUUGAACAUCAAAAUGGAACCCCAGUCGUCCGGCUUCGGGCUACCACCGACCCCGCCCUCCUCACUGCCAAGCGACGAGUCGGAAGGCAACCAGAGCCCCGAACAUCACGUGUCACCGAUGUCACCGCCGACCGACCUGGGCUCGAGUGGUGGUUCCAGUGGCCCCAACUCGACUACCUCGAGUCGCCGAACGUCCCUGCAUGCCAGCUCCAGCUCCUCGCUAACACCGUCCGGUGGGCAGUCGGCGUCCGGAAGCUCCACCUCAUCGUCCCGCCAAUCCGCAUCCACAGCUAGUCACAGCUCAGCUGCCUCCUCGCCCUCCCAGUCGGCGUCCACAUCGUCCUCCUCCACGAGGCAACCGAUACACACGCCCCUCAUCAGUAGUCAACCGAAGGGUUCCACGGGAACGCUCAUCCUGACGGAGGAGGAAAAGCGAACACUGCUAGCGGAAGGUUACCCCAUCCCGACGCGGCUUCCGUUGACCAAGGCGGAGGAGAAGUCGCUCAAGAAGAUCCGGCGGAAAAUCAAGAACAAGAUCUCCGCCCAGGAGAGCAGGCGAAAGAAGAAGGAGUACAUGGACCAGCUCGAGCGCCGGGUAGAGAUUCUGGUGUCGGAGAAUUCGGACUACCGGAAGAGGGUCGAGUCGCUCGAGGAGUCCAACCAGACGCUGGUGACGGAGCUGUCCAAGCUUCGGCAGCUCAUCAGCCGACAGGGCAUCCGGAAGGUGUGA